AUGAAACCAAAUCAAUUAGAAAAUUUAGGAACUGAAUAAGAAAAUUGUAUUUAUUAUAACUCAACCAAUAUGCUAGGCAACCAUACUUUGCAUGGUUAAUCAGGUAGACUAUUGCUUGAAAGUGGUUAGAAAUCAAAUUAUCAAUUGGUUACAAGGAUUAAACAAAAUUUAAAAAACAACAAGGAAACCUAGAAACAAAUUAGAGCCUCAGAUUUAGUAACAGACAAAUCGUAUUUAUGAUUGAAUAAUCUAGGUAAUCUAUUGGGAACUUUGGUAAGCAUUCUUAAGUUUAAUUAUCACAUUAUGGUCCUUAUUAUGCAGGAAAACCACCUAAGAAUAAAAAAAACUUUGAUGAAAGUCCUUUUCUUAUAGAUUCACAAUUUGAAGAAGACAUAGAAGGAUUUAGCAAUAAAGCUUGGAAGAAAUAUCCUUUAGAAAUUUUAAUGAUAAUCUUAAGGUUUAUUAGUUUUAUUACAAAAUCAAACUUUGCCACUAGUUUUAGAUUGGUUAAUAGAAAUGUUUUUGAAAUUAUAGGAGAUAAAGCAGCUUACUUCCGAUAUUACUUAUUUAAUGAUUAUUUCAAAUAUGAAGUAUUAAUUUAUUUAAUUCAGAAACCUAGUCCUUAUGAAAAAAUGAAAUAUUAAUUGAAUCAGCAGGUUUUUGUGCCUUUAAGAAAAAUGAAGGUUUAUAAUUUCUUGAGCUAAAAUAAAUUAAUAUUAAGACCAGAAUCUUUUACCUCUAUAGCUUGGAAUAUUUACAUAUUAACAAUUCUAAAUAUGAAUGUUUUAUAUGUAAGUGCAAGAGUUUCUUUUAAGUUUGAUACAAGCAAUUCAUUUGAUGAUAGUUUUUAGCAAUUUAGAUAGAUAUUAUUUGAUGUUUUACCUUCUUACUCUUUUAUUUUGGAAAUACUAUUUAAGUUUAAUACUUGUUAUUAUUAUAAAGGAACAGUAAUAGAAAAUAGAUAUUAAAUAGCAAAGAAUUAUAUUCGAACAUGUAAAAUUUUAAUUAAAUUUAUUUAUAGCAUUUUUCUUUGAUGUUUUUGUAAUAAUUCCAUUUUUUUUAAGUUUAAGAUUUUAAGUUGAUUAUUUAGAUUUAGUUUUGAUUUUGAAAGUAUUUCAGAUAAAAAAGUUUAGUGGUCAUUUAUUUGAUAGAUUAGAACUAACUACAAAUUAAAUUGCUAUAUUUGAUUUAGUAAAAUUAGGAUAUACAAUUCUAGCUGUUGCUCAUUUUUGUGCUUGUCUUUGGUUUUUAGUAGGUUCAACUGGAAAUGAUUAGAUGUCAUGGGUUAUAAAAAAUAAUCUAAUAGAUGAACCUUGGCAUACUUAAUAUUUAACAUCUUUUUAUUUCAGUAUUGUUACUAUGACAACUAUAGGAUAUGGAGAUAUUACUCCUUUAAAUUUAAGGGAGAGAAUUUUUACAAUAUGUAUGACUGUAGCUGCUGUUGGUAUAUUUGGAUAUUCUAUUGGUAAUAUAAAUAGUAUUUAUGCUGAAUGGAGUAGAAAAAGUUAUGAAUUUAGAUAGAAUAUGAAUGCUUUAAAAAAGUAUAUGAGAUUAAAAGGAUUAGAUAAGCAUUUAGCAGAAAAAAUUAGAAAAUAUUUUGAGUAUGUUUGGUGUGAUGCAGAGGAAGAAAAUGAUAGAGAAGCAUUUAAAUUUGCUGAAUAAAUACCUACAUAAUUAUUGGAAGAAAUGAAAAUAGAUAUUAAUAUGAAAGUUGUUAAAAGAAUAAGCUUUUUGACUCAAAACUUUAGUGAGUAAUUUCUAAUCUAAUUAUCAAAAAAUUUAAUAGAAGAAAAAUAUGCCCCAGAAUAAAUCAUUUAUAAAGUAAUUUAUAUUUUCUUUACUAUUAGUAAAAUGAGGAAAGUGAUUUUCUUUACAUAUUAUAAAAAGGAGAAUUAUAAUUUUAUAUAAAUUUAAAAAAUAAAUAGGAAUCAUAAAAAGUAUUAGAAUCAAUUACAGGAGAAUCUUUACCAUUUGGAGUUUUAGAGUUUUUUUAAAAAUAAAACUAUUAAGUCUCAUGUAAAUCCACUUAAUUUACGUAUGUACUUAAAAUACAUAGAAGUUAAUUUAUUGAAAUUUUAUUAUAAAAUUCAAAAGAUUAUGUAAAAAAAUAGUUUAUAUAAUUUUAGUCUACAUUUUGUUAAAUGAAAGAUCAAGUUACUUUCCUAAAUAAAUAAGAUAUAGUUGAUGUCACUUGUAGAGCAUGCAAUAAAACUACUCAUGUAAUUAAAGAGUGUCCAAUGGUAUGUGGAUAUCCAAAUAGAGCAAAAGUCUUAUUAAAUUACCGUAGAAAUGUACCAUCAGAUAGAAAAAGUUUUAAAAGAACAUUUAAUAGAAGGAUUGAUACACUUAUGGAAUCACAUGAUGUUAAAAAUAGUAUAUUACUAUUUAUAUGCAAAAAUAAAUUAAUAGAGGAUCUUUAAAGGCAAUCUACUGGUAAAACAUUAUUUAAUAUAGAAAAAACAAAUGAAAAUGAAUCUGAUAUUGAAAGUAAUGAAUCAUUAAAAAUUGGAUAUAAUUUGACAAUAUCAUAGUAAAUUGAAUCAAAAAGGCCACUCUCUUUUUAAGGUUGUAAUGAUGCCUUAUAGGAUGAUGAAUUAGUAAUAAUUGUCAUAAUAUUUUAGUAAUCAAAAAUUAAAGAAAUUGUUAAGUAUUUAAAAAAGAAAUAAUCUACAUACUCCCAUUAAGAAAGCAAAACAUGUUUAAAAUAAGAAGAAAAAACUCAAAAUUUCAAUUUCCUAAUGAAAGGUUCUGAUAAAUCUAAUUAAUUGCUACCUUAAUAAUUAUCAAGUGGAUCUGAAUAUGCUUAUUAAGAUUCAAAUAAAAGGGGAUCAAGAGCUUAAAUGCCAAAAUACAAAAAUUUAAUUGAUGUUAUUAUUCAAGGAACAAUGAUUACAUCACCUAAUAAGAUUGUAGCAUCUGAAUAAGUUGAAUAAGAAGAAGAGACAGGUAAAAUUAGAGGUCAAUACAUUGAAAUAUUUGAAGGAUUUGAGUAAUAUAAGAACUUUGAAAAUUAUUUAAAGCAUAAUAAUCUUGGGUUUAUUAUAAAGCUAAGAGAACGUAAGAAACACAAAAGAUGA